AUGGGGAGGUCGCCGUGCUGCGACAGGCGGAGCGUGAAGCGUGGGGCGUGGUCGCGGGAGGAGGAUGCCAUCCUCACCGGCUUCGUCCAGAGGUUCGCCAAUGCCGGCAACUGGAUGACGCUGCCACACAAAGCAGGGCUUAACCGCUGCGGCAAGAGCUGCCGCCUACGGUGGCUCAACUACCUCCGCCCGGCGCUCCGGCACGGCCGCUUCACCGACGAGGAGGACAGCCUCAUAUUGUCCCUCUACGCCGACAUCGGAAGCAAGUGGUCCGUGAUCGCCGCCAAGCUCCCCGGCCGAACGGACAACGACGUCAAGAACCACUGGAACACCAAGCUCAAGAAGAGGCACCUGCUGGCCAUGGCGCCGUCACCAACUCCUCCUACCGCGGCCACCGACAGCCCUUCCGCCUCCGACUCCGAUGAAUCCUCCCUCCCCCCUCCACCUCUCGACGAAGCCGCCGUCGCCACGGCGGACCACGGCGGAGAGCUCACGCACAGAUCGGAGGAGCUGUACGCCGAGCUCAAGGGGCUCAUCCAACAGCAGCCCACCAACGGGGACGUGAGGUCGUCAUCGUCGUCGUCGUUGCCAUUGACACCGACGGCUGGUGCAAGUUCUGCCGGCGUCACCAGCACUGGGUGGCCCGUAGACGACAGAGAGUUCUUGCCGGAGUCCAGCGGGAGCAGCAUGGUCGUUGACCUUGACGAUCCUUGCGCUGCUCACGCAUUCGGUGCGACGACUUUCCAAGACUUGCUGGCCUCGUCUUAUGACGAGAUCAUAGGGACGGAAGGGUUACUCUACUACUAGGAACGAAUUGGGGUUCUAGGUUCUGAAGUAGCUUGUGAUAAAACCGUUGUAUAUAAAUAUAUGGAUGUGGCUUGGUCUCGGUCAAGUGAUAUUAUAAUACAGUAUAUAAAAAAGAAAAAAACUGAAGUAUGAAUCUCCCUGCAAUAUCUAAGGGAUAUACUCUCUCUGUCUCAAAAUAAGUGACUCAACUUUGUACGAAAGGUGUUGGGGAUAUAGUUAUUGAGUUAACCCGCCCAAGAAGGGACGGGUCAUAUUCAUGGCGACUCAUAAAGACAAAGCCCAAGAAGGAAUUGAAGAUGGCGGUUUAAGAGGAUAACUUAUGAAGGGCCCAAGGCCCAAAGACGGCUUAAGGCCCGUAGGUGUAAACCGUCAUAUGUAUAUAACUUGUAUG